UAAUCAAGUAAUUGCUGCUGAAGAUGCGGUCUCGCGAAUGUUGAGCAGCAGCUGUGUGUCGUUUUCAGGCUGUAUUACAGAAGUAUAACUGCACAUAGCUUUACUGAAGACUAAGUAAUAAUACCAAGUUUAUCACAUAUUUCUCACCAGAGCAGCUCGCCUUUCAGUCAUGAAUCCUCCAACAGACAGAGACGAUACGCACCCAACAGAGCACUUCACGCCCCAACCCACAUCCUCAGGAGGGGGAGGGUUGUACCUGGACAGCUAUGAAGUCUCUUUUCCUCUGGAGGAGAGUAUCGAGAGACCCCCUGCUUAUCACCUGAACCAGGGUCAGCCGAUGAUGGACGGGCCUGUGGUGCACGAGCCCCCUCACUCCCAGUACAGCCCUUUCAUCCUGAUCUCUAACCUGCGAGCUCACCUGUACGUCACUCUGGAGAAGAACACUUGGCUGCAGAAGCGCAUCGAGGAUAUGGAGGAGGAACGCAACUUCCUGCGCUGUCAGCUGGACCGAUUCAUCAUCAACAUGCGGGGUCCGGAGGAUUGGUGUGUAGACCCCCAGCGUGGGGUGAAGGUCCAGCCUGCCAGCCCCCCCUCCCCUCCCUCCCCCAUGACCACCCGGUCUGGGAUGACCCUGAAGCGUCUGCAGGGAGCGGCCCCUCGGCCCCGCCGCGCCUCUGCCUUCCCCGUGAAGCAGGAAUUUCAUCUGGAUGAGGAUCAAUUCUACACGGAGGAUGAGUUUGUUGAGGAAGAGGAGGAGGAAGAAGAGGAGGAAGAAGAUUCGUCGGUGGAGAAGGGCUCAAAAAAGAAGGGCCGAGGGCGAGCCAACGGAGAGCCGAGGAUGAAGAUGAGGAGGAUCUUCAGGAUCACCCACGGGAGGGAGAGACAGAGAGUAGUCUGGAAAAGAGACCUCAGGUGGUCGUCGUCCGGAGACGGCCUACAGCCGCCCCUCGCACCUCCCGGUACCUACAAGGGACAGGUGAGGCACACGGACGCCUUCCGAGACCUGUACGAGGGAGUGGGCCGGACCAUUCCUGCAGCCCAUCCGUAG